AUGGCUGACCCCAAGAGUGCUGCCAAUGUCACUGAGAUGCCGGAUUCAAUUGUGGUCAAAGCUCCCGGAGCCGAUGCGUCGAUAGAACGAGUCUUUGAUGACGAUGGAAAUCUACUACCGACCGAAGACGAAUUAAAGACUCUCAAAAGAGUGGCCAUCCCUCUCCCAUACACAGCUUAUCUACUUUGCAUUGUUGAAUUUGCAGAACGCGGGUCCUAUUUUGGCUGUAGACAAGUGUUCGCAAACUUCGUCAAUAACCCGUUACCAGUGGGUGGAAAUGGAUCAGGUGCUCCGCCCAAAGGUACUCAACAGAAUGCUGGCGCCUUGGGCAAAGGCUCCGUCGUUGCAUCCGCUGUGAUAUCUUCGUUUGCAUUCCUCGGUUACGGUCUACCACUCUUCACUGGAUGGGCUGCUGAUGCCAAAUUCGGUCGCUUCAAGACAAUUUGUUUUGGAGUUGUCAUAAUGCUGAUCGCCCAUAUUGUCAUGAUUAUCGCCGGUAUCCCAUCAGUACUCAGAGCAGGCCAUGCAGAAGGACCAUUCUACCUCAGUGUUUAUCUUCUUGCAAUUGGAUCAGCGAUUUUCAAGCCUAACAUUAAUCCAACCAUCCUGGACCAAAACCCACUCCGGCAUGCCAUUAUCAAGACGGAUACAAAUGGUGAGAGAGUCAUUGCAGAUCCCGAGGCGACAAAUGACUCUAUCAUGUUGUGGUUCUAUCUUCUCCUCAAUAUUGGGGGCUUCAUGGGAGUUCCCACUGCAUACCUGGCGAAACUUGUUGGAUUUUGGGCGGCCUUCACGCUCCCUGGAAUUCUCUACUUGUUCUUGCCCCUGGUAUUGUGGAUCGCGAACAAAAAUCUCAAGAAGCAGCCCCCAGGUGGAAGUGAUUUAGGCAACAUCUUCAGGGUACUUUUCAUUGCGUUGAAAAAGAAUGGACCCAUUGGCAUAUUUCGACGCAAUGGUCUAAACGCAGCCACACCAACCAGUCUUGCGCUUACUGGGGAUACCCGCAAAGUCAAUUGGAACGACAGAUUUGUUGAGGAUGUUCGCCGUACAUUUCAGGCAUGUGGAAUCUUCCUCUUCUUCCCGAUAUACGUGAUCAACUCUGCCGGCCUCGGCGCUGCCGUGAAUGCCCAAAGCAAUUCGAUGACGACCAACGGAGUUCCUAAUGACGUGGUUAACAAUAUCAACUCAUUGUCCAUCAUAUGUGCUUUGCCCAUCAUGAACCACAUCAUCUACCCUACGUUGAGAAAAUUUCGGAUCAGAUGGGGGCCGAUAUCACGUAUCACAUGUGGAUUCAUGUUCGCUGCAAUCGGUUCUUCGGGCUGGGCCAUCAUUCAAUAUUACAUCUAUCGGACAUCGCCCUGUGGAAAUCGUGCAUCCACGUGUGUCGAUGAGAACGGCGAGACCUUGGUAUCUCCCCUCACGGUUUGGUGGACAGCCAUUCCGACUGCAGUCUCAGCGAUGUCGGAAAUUUUCUGCAAUGUCACCGCUUACAGCGUUGCAUAUUCGCGAUCACCUCCAAAUAUGAAAGGGUUGGUUUUAGCGAUCAAUCUUUUUAUGACGGCUAUCGCUGCAGCGAUUUCCCUGGCCACUGCGGGAAUCAUUCGGGACCCAUAUCUUACUUGGGCAUUUGCGGGGCCCUCAAUUGUCGGAUUUGUUCUCGCUGUCGUCUUCUAUUACCUCUAUCGAGAUAUUGACAAGGAGGAAUAUGUUGCGCAUCUGUGGGAUGAUACCGUGGAAGGUGUAGAACCCUCAACAGGCCAGACGGACAUGGCAGCUCCACAAGAGGCCUUGCGUGCAAAGACUGCACUCAAUGCAUAA